GGUCUGCAGUGAUGGAAUAACCAUUAUGAGGAAAAACGAGUAAUUGCAUCCACCCCAGCAAACCAGUGAGUUGAAGUGCACCCGAUAGAGCGUCUUUGGGCCAUCUAAUGAAGGGCUCCACUGGCCUCUGCUGCCAACAUGCAGCAGCCCACCCACCUGUGUAGAAAUAGCAGCCUGCCAUGCAGGUAAUUAUCAGACCCUUCUUAGACACCUGGGGCUCCGUGUAACCCUUUACACCUUCCUCAAGACCCGUUUUGGAAGUGCUUACCUCCUUCAACACCUGGUAUAAACAUCCAUGCGGUGAAAACCCACACCGUGCUAUUAAUCAUAAAAACAGUUUCACUGAAGAUUUUGAUGUGUGUGAGAUAUGUAGUCUGGGUCAGAUGUAAUAUGAAUGCAUGCUGGUGUUUCUGUCACAUAAGUGCGUGACUCAUCCUGUAGGCCUGAUGUGCAGUCAGUGAUUUCAUUUAUUUGGAGGACAAUCGUCGGGGGAUCAACCCUAAACCCGGUUUCAUUCAUGCGUGGUGGUGAUCUCAGAGGAUCGCGAGGUUUGUAAGACGGCGCAAACACUUACAAACCUACCGUUACCUCUCAUCCAACUAUCCUCUUUUUCUUCUCUGGAUUUCCACCUGCCCGGCUCGUCCUACACUCACAGAAAUCAAGAGUUGUCAGUGUAGGUUUGAGUCUAAUUGACAGUUUCGUUCACGCUUCAGUGUUAAGGCUUUUGCGCCAAUCCUCUCCCCUUCCCCGUUUUCAUCGCUUUCAUAAUUGCCACCAACAUAAUGACACAGUUGCUGUGGCAACCAUGUCUGUGUCUCUCUUUUCUCUCUCUCUCUUUCUCUCUCACACACGUACACAAACACACUUUGGAUCUUCCCCUCACUUUACCGGCUGCUUUAAAUUUUGCAAGUUUUCUUCCGUUUUUUCGGAGAGGCUUUUAUACAUUCUUUUUUUCAUUCGUUAUAUAUUUUUUACUUCUUCGGGAAGAACAUCAGUCAAAUCCCUGGUCGACAUUUUUUUUUCCGUUUAUGUUUAUUUAUUAUUUUUUAUCAGAGCCAGUAAAACGUAUGCAGGCCUUCAGGGGCGCGCAACUAAAGAUGGAAAUUAAAUGGAGGAGAGUAAAGAUGAACGCCACCAGUUGAAUGGGCCUAUUGACCAUCAGCGCCGAGCGGAGCGCGGAGUCUCAUCAGCGCCUGUCUGACCGGCCAAUCACAGCGUCCCCCCCCACUGGUGGACCUCCGUGAGGCCAGUCGCAGUUUAGGCGGUGUAACCUAUAGGCUAUCGCGUGGAGACGAUUAACUGAACCAGUCUUAGUCAGUUUCUAGAUGGAGAAAGUGAGCCUGGCGGAUAUUUUGUUGGUGAAAAGCUUCACAUUUUUGCGCACCUGACAUGCGAAUCCGGCUACUUUGCGUCCUGUCCGGGAUAGUUACUCUGCAGGCUAACUUGUGCCGCACACCAGGCGGAAAUUUCCGACGUAGUGUGUAGAUGAAGUGCUUUGUCACAUGUAUCAGAAAAUCUCAGAACAUCUCGUUGUUCACCGACUCUCUCUCCCCUCCUCUCCCGCUCGCGUCCCCCCCCCCUCGUCUUUCCGCCGUCAUGAUGGAUUAUCAAUAGCCUGAUGGAGACACAACAAGCGCGAUCGAGAUUUGCUGCACUUCUAAAACACACGGGCAAUUAAAAUAAGUGGCGCAUCCAGCAACAGUUCACCAUCUUCUGCUACAAUAACAGGCUGCCAUCUGAGAAACCGCUGAGAUACAGUGCGCAGGCUCUUCCAGCGCUCCUCUUCAGCAUCAAACCCCCCAGAGCAGCGCACAGUGGACAUUUGGCCAGCGAUUUUCCAGAUUUGUCCGUACGUAAACCCGAAGACAGUUGUGGAAAUCAAGCAGAAAGCUUAGAAACGACAAGAAGGGGGGGAAAAAAAUCACCCGGAGAACUCCUUUGGAACAUUAGUCAGUGGGAGAGCUGCUGUGCUUCGUGUUUCUCAUUUUUCCUCCACUGAACUCUCCUCACAAGGUUAGAGGAGCAUGUAACUGAAACAAGUGGAGCCCUCGGUGAUUUCAGCAUUCUGUCUCCCCCAUCUGUGCCUACAUUCUCUGCUACAGAUAGGGACAUUUUGAUAAUUACAUAUAAUUAUAAUUUCUGUGGGAGACAGAUCUGCCUCUGUCUAUUAUUGCCAACACCUCCAACACAAUAACUUCACACAUUUACAUAUUUCUCCACAAAAGUGAUAUUCUUUCAACAUCGGAGACAAAUCAGGAAUAAUUUUACUUAGAGAGACAUGUCACACGGAGAAGCAAUGUGCCAUUCACUUCAUAUCUAAUUAGCGACACAGUUGAGUGACACGGGCAACAUUUUGUGCCUACAAGCUGAAGGCAGAGCACUUAAAAUCAUGACAUUUGCCUCAUUUGUGCAAUGUAUUUUACAGGCUGGGAGUCGUUUCUUUGCUUUAUGAUUACUCCCAAUUUUCAGUGCUUGCGGUCUUCUAGCACUUAACCAGAGCCAUUCUCAUUAUCACCCACAGCCCAGUCACAGUAACGGUCCGUGCCAGGCGAGUACUGAGCACAAUAAUCCAGCCAUAGAAAAGACUGAGAUAAAGUACACAGUGUAUCUAUAGAUGUGAUGGGUGCCGAGAACAGGCUAACGUGGAGAUAAUGCGGUACUCUAUAGAAACUAGGCCACACUAAUGGACAGUAUUUAUCAGUGGUGCAGUCAUUUAUUUCCAUUUAAUUGUUUACUAUGGCAAAAAGUGCCGAAUAUAUAAAAACAAAAUAGAUUUAAUAUCUUUUUCCUUUUCCCCCCCCCCCCCCAGAAAGGAUUUGCUUACAGGUUAAACAAGUGCCAUUUCUGAAUGUACGUAGUGCCAGGCUGUAAAAGGAAUGAAGAGAACAGAUAAACUUGUUUACAUGUAACAAAAAACUGGCCAUAGUCUAUUCUUUAAGUGCCAUCAGCGCAGGAAUGUACAGGAAUGCCAUAUUCUAUUAAAAAUACUUGCUCCUAACUUUGUGGUUGCAAAGCGUAAUUUCACCCCUGGUAGUAAAUGAGAUGUUUGUUCUUUUGUUCAGUAGGGCAUGUAGGAUGAGGCAUUAAGGACUAAAAGCAUGAAGAUUGUUUUCAAUCUGUGCUUUUUACAAAACUGCAUCCAUUUGAGUGUUCUCGAAUCGAGAGGGGUUUUUAGAGGGCAAGAGAUGAAGUCAUUACACUUUCAGAGCUCCCUUCUAACAGGAAAUUAAAAACAUUUUAAUACCAUUAUCACCAAUUAUUGAAACUUACAAAAACAUUUUGAUACUGUUUGUACAGUUUUUUUUAUUUUUAUUGUUCCCGACCUUUUCUAUUAUUAUAACACCUUAUAAAUACGAACAACACAAAAAAUUUCAGAUUUCAUCAGCCAGCAUUAGUGAAUGAAACUCCAGUACCCAGUACAUGCUGAAUGCAUCACAUGCCAUUUUAGUGGGUUAAACUGCAGAAGCGGAUACACCGUUGCAACUGCAUUGACUCAAUAAAAAAAAAAUAGAUGUCUUAGUCAUCUAAAAAUGCCGCCCACCACCAAUCUCCGAGUCCUCGCUGUCUCCCUCCUCUCCCUCCUCACUGCCCCUCUUGCUACCGUCGUGGAGGCCUCUCCGUCCCCACCUCCUCAGCACCUAGACCGAUCAGGGAGACCGUUCACGGAGGAGCCCGACACUGGUUCCAGCUCCUCGCUCAUACUCCUCGCCAUCCAGGCCAACCUCAGGCCAGCUGCUCUCCAAGGAAGGACAAAAACUCCAGAAACGCUCCCAGAAACCGCAGAGGAAGUUCUAGAGACUCCUCCGAGACCCCUGCCCCAGGUAAUGUUCCCCAAGAAUGUAACUUCAGCAGAGGCCCUCGCACCUCCUCUAGGUGCAGCCCAGGUGCCACCUGUAAUGGAUGUAUGGGUGGAUGGAUGCAGAGGAUAUUACGAUGUAAUGGGACACUUUGACAGCGCUUUCAACUGUUCCAAGGACACAUUCAUCUAUUGCUGCGGAACCUGCCACUACCGCUUCUGCUGUCCAGACCGAAGUCGCCAACUGGACCAGGACAACUGUAACAACUACGACUCUCCGGACUGGGCCAAGCCACAGACGGAGCCCAUGAUUACACCAGAUGACUUAGGUGACCCAGACUUUGAUCCACUGAAGCAGCAGAGCCACAACACGGGCUUUGUCAUCGGUGGCGUGGUUGUGUUUAUGGUGGCUGUCGCAGUAGGCAUCAAGGUGGUCUUCAACAAGGUGCAACAGGAAGCCAACCAAAGGGACCUGAACAUGCCCAGAGCUCUGGUGGACAUGUUGCGGCACCAGUCGAGCCCAGUCCAGCAGGAUGAGAGAAACAACAGCGUGGCUCUGGCUGUAGGAGAUGGCCAGGGGACACUGGGGAGACCGCCGAAAAAUCUCUACGCCCCCGGGCUGCCCAGCAAAGACAACAGAUUGGGCAAUUUGCAACACAAUUUCAUCCACUCAUCAGGCUCCAGUCCCAAGCACACUGCAACUAUCGAACGCACACCUCGGAUGAACAAUGCUCAGCUGGCAGCUGGAGGCACCCUGCUCUCCAGUAAGCACAACAACACCAAAUCGCAGCCUUCCUUCCACCACUCCCUGCACAACCUGGCCCAGCUGCCGCCCUCGUACGAGAGCGCCACCAAGCCUGAGCUCAACAGAUACUCCUCACUCAAACGGCUCGAGAAAGGUCUUGACGAGUACUCAUCUGGGUACUGCACCACCAAGCGCCGGCCUCACACAGCCCAGCCGGCCCUGCAGUCGUCUCAGCACCACCUCCACUGGGGUGGAGACUACACCCUCAGCGGGCGAGGGACCCUCCCCAGACAUGCGGCUCGGCCCUGGAUCCCACCGCCACCUUCUGGCAUGCCUGCUUCACCCACUCCCAAUCCUUACCCUUUGGAUCCCCCGGAGCCCCAGCACAACCCCAACUACGACACUCUCUCCAAGCCUCCGAGAAAAGUUAAGUCCACCGACCAGCUGCUCAACAUGGGUGAUGUCCCUGGAAACACCGGGACUCUGUCCCGGCUCUCCAAGAACCAGCAACACCAGUACUACAAAGCCAUGGCUGCCUCCAAUAAGAACUCAAACACGCAGACGCUCACCAGGAAGACCCAGGACAGGCAGGACAGGCAGGACAGGCAGGACAGGCAGGAGAGACAGGAGAGACAGGAACGGCUGCUCAUGUCCCCAGACCAUUUGGAGGAGAGGAUGGGCGUUGGUGGGAUGGGUGUUGUAGAUCCGUACGCCCACACGGGAAGCGGGAUCGUCCCCACCCUGCCUCGCCAGCAGAAGGCCCAGUCCCAGCAGAACGUCUGUGCAACGCCUUCCCUCGACCGGCACCACAUGAUCAAGAUGAACUCUCAUCCCACGUCCGGACGGGAGCAGGAGAGGACCACGCCUAUGACGGGGCACAUGAGCGGGGGCAUGGGCUGGGUUGGGGAGGGGCCCGGAACCGGAGUAGUCAUGGGAACGGGAACACUAGGAGGCCACAGCGCCCGGAGGAUGGCUUUCGCAGCAAAACGGCAGAACACAAUUGAGCAGCUACAUUUCAUUCCCGGAGGGGGCGGUGGGGGGUCAGCAGGGAGUGGGGGAGGAGGCAGUCAGGGGAUCAGGACAGGGAGUAAAAAUGAGGUGACGGUGUGAGGUCAGUGCCUAAUGUAGAGUUUAGAUUAAAGGGACAGGAAUAUAUCACCCUUCUGCAUUUAACUAUUAGACAUUCAGCUACAAGAAAUACAACUAGAAGUAUAAAGUAUUGUAACAGUAUAAUGUGUUUAGGCUAUUCAAAUUAGUGUUAUCUUGUAAUUAAAUAGCUUAAAUAUGACUUACUUAUAAAAACUAAAAAUUAGGUAGGGGACAUCUGUUCCAGUUAUGUGAUAGCCUACAUCAGCCAUAUUUUGUAUCUGAAUUUGCCGCAUUGCCAUAUACAGAGGUGCCAUUACUUGUAGAAGGACUGACUGGGAGGGUGAAAUAAAACCAACAGAAAUGCCGUUCAUACUUUAGUUUUUAUAUAUUUUUUUCAAAAAGUACUCAGGAGCCAUAUUAGAUAGGAAACCAGAUGAUAUUAAUGAAAAAAACAGGGUAAAGGAAGCGGAGGCUGUGUGGAAUAUCCUGUCACAGAAUUUCAAAGAACUGAGCCAACUACCUGGACUGCCACUCCGCUCGGUCCUCACCGACGAAGAUUUAUUAAACUGACUCUCAGAUGAGGAGCCCGGUGGACCGGACGAGGCUGAAUGAUGAACUGUGCGCCUGUUGAACUCUUCUGCACCGACCUCGUGCUGACUUAGUGAGACAGAACUGAUUUUUUCUUUCUUGCUUCCUGUAUAACCUAGAGGACAAGACGGGCUCUGUUUCUGAGCGACACGCAGCAGUCUGACACAACGCCACCGCCCGACAGGAACUGAGGACGUAUCCACAUUACUGAUCUGAUUCCAUGGGUUGCCUACUUUUCCAUGUGACCUUAGAUUAAACCUCCAGAGGAACUCACAAUCUCAUUGUGAGUUCCCGUUACACUACGGGAGCGUAAGCUGAUAUAAGAUUAUGGGUGAGUUUUUCUCAAUGUUUUCAUCUAUAGAUCAGGACCUACCUGUUUGAAAAAAACAAACACAACGGGCUACCAAAUAUUAUAGAGCCAUCAGUCACGGCGUUCCAAAAAUUCUUGACAUACACAUACAAAAUCAAGAGAUAAAAGAACAGACGUAUGUGUUCAGUUUACCAAUAAAGAGGCAACUCGCUCUAACGAAGAGCAGAGGCUUCUCCACAGAGCACAAACGAUAGACCAUGACGCAGAGGUUGCACUUACACAACUGUCCUUACAAGCCAUUUAUGGAGAUACAAAGAAAAUCCCACACAGGAAGCUGGUCUGACAAUCACCAUUUAAUUAUUAUCACCAGGUGACAAGUUAUUAAAAAGUCAGCAACAUUUUGUACAGACAGAAGGAUUGGCUUCAGAGCAAGCCGAAACCCUCAGAGUCAAGAGCGAGGGCGACCUGAGGUCCUCUCCUGCGCGGCUCCAGUGUGCCAUACAAGAGACUCGGAUGGUUAGGAAGCCCUUCCCAUCUUCAAGACAAAGACCUUGCUGUAUCAUAACGCACUUCAGCCAGUAUGAAAAAAAAAAAACAGAAACGGAAAAAAAAAAAUCUUCAUCAAUAACAACGCUUUUCAAUACUAAGGGCUAUCCUAUAUACUGUAGUAUGUGAUAUCUGUGGUCCAUAUAAAAUGCUAUCUCUUUCUAUUGAUUUUGUGUUGAUAUUGUCAUGAUGUAUUAAGUAUUAAUGUGUACAAAAAAACAAGAGAAAUUUAAGCACAGUUCAACGAGAAUCAGAGACUAAACUUUGCACAAAUCUAGCCCCUGAUAUUUGCACCAGAUACAAGCACACUUUGUAUCGUGUCCUCAAGGUUUACAUUCUGUACAAGCACGGCUGAACGUGUGACCAAUCAAUGGAAGGUAUUAUACUGAGAGAGGAUUUUCUUUUUUCUUUUGCUUUUUUUAAACAGAAAUCGUCGGUAAUAACGCCGAUCAAAGAACGAACUUGCGCCGGCUUUCUUUUCUUUUUUUCUUUUUCUUUGUGUUCAGUCAUGUGGAAAAGCUACAGAGAUGAAAUUCUGAUAAACAGAAACACAUUUGGACAAUCUUCCUACACACAGUGCUAAAUGUAAUUGUUAUGAAUAUGAUGGAGUGUUAUUAUUAAUAAUUAUUAUAACUGUUAUGGUUAUUAUUAACAAUUAUCUUACGAUGUGAUGUUCUUUUACUUGGUGGGAUUUAAGUGUUUAUUGUUUUUAGAUAACUAGCAUUCUCGCGACUAGUUGGUUUUUCAUACAUCUGGUCAUAAACUCGAGUUUUUAAGACAUUCCAAAUCUUGAUGCAUGCCAGCUCCAUUUCAUUGAGAGGCAUUUUUACAGGAUGCCUGGAUUUUAGGGUCAUUGAUGCCUUUAUGGCCAUUUUUCCAGCUGUAUGUACUGUGCCUAGACAUCGGCCUUAUGACUUCUUGAUCUUAAGUGAUUACUUAGGUUUCCACUCUGGUAUUGAAUAAUCUGCAGCCUUCUAAACGUACGCGUAGAUGACGGCGAGGGAUAGAUGAGUUUGGGAUGGGCCAGAAGUGAUUUUAACAUCACACGCAGUCUGCUGUCUCCUCUGCGGCAGCCUGCCCCAGUAACUUAAAAAUGGGUUGUACACGCUGAACCCAUGAUGCCAUAAUGUAUGUAUGUAUCGAAUGAAUGUUUAUUACACAGGUUGGAGACAAAACAGGCGUCUAAUGGAAACCUGAUUGCUUUGAGUGCAGUGUCUUUUUCAGGGAAAUAGGACAGGUGACAUACAGUAGUGUUAGACUUUUUUAAUAGAGCCACAAAAGGUCUGUAGCAAAGUCUGUAAUAUCUCACAAGCCAUAUCCAUCGAAGCUCAUUAUCACAAUUUUAUAAAUGGUUAAUCUAAUUUGUGCAAGUAUUGUAUUUUGUAUAGCUAGUACAAUCAGAAUAUUUUAAGUGAUCUCUUCGGCAUUAAUUUGAAGAUUCAGAAAAAUUCUGUGUUAGUAUUUAAUGAUCUGUACAGUGCCAAACUCAUAACAUUUUGUUGUCUUUUUAUCGUCACACCCUCCUAGAUGGCCACAGGGGUUAUUUACUUUUUUCACAGAGGAGAGCGAAUAGACAGCCGAGUGAAGCUGAAAAGCUCCUUUUCAGAAGGAAAUGAAUGAAUAUGGUGUGUGUUUUUAGCCAUUAUGAAUUCAUUUAGAGUGCGGAUUCUUUAAUGGCCAUCUGAAGCGGACAGGGACAGUGUCCAGUAUUGGGGAAAAAAAAAUUCAUGGAUUUAUUUUGACGCCUAUAAAUUUCGAAACGACCCUUUUGUUAUUGUUUAAUGCAUUGAUCCCCUUGGAUACGACAGUGACUUACAAAGAAUUUGUAUAAUAAAGUUGGUGGGAAAAAAAAACA